UGGCGAUCGCGCGCCAACGGUCGCUCGCGCGUUUUUCCUUUAGACUCUCUCGAGAGUCGCCAUGCGGCAACCGUCACGGUGUAACUAUCGUCGGACGUUUUGCUGACACCUCGUCACAUACAGCGAAUCAUCAUAAUAAUAAUAUUAUUUACCUAUAAACCUAUGUAAUAUUAUUAAUAUUAAUCGUAAUUAUAUAUCGAUUUAUACGGUUUUUUUUUUUUUUAUGCAAUUUGUUUGUUUUUUUUAUUAAUGUUUUUAUUAAUCGUUUUUUUUUCCUUUUCCUACUAAACUGCAGUGCAGUGACAUGUUAUUGUGAAUAUAGUUUUUUUAUAGGUACGUUGUUACCGUCGUGUCGCGUCCGUCGUUGUUUAUUUCGUUGUUGUAAUUUUUAUGGAAGCCAACGAAAGUACUGAAGUUCGGUGUACCGGCACGCCACCGACCAACGGCGACGUCUGCAGGACAUCGGCGGAACCUUCUAAGAAAAUCUUGAGCAAAAAUUCAAACGGCACAAGUAAGUAACUUAUUUUGUAUAUUGGGUAUUACCUUUCUGUUUUAUUUAGCACAUCCCUAUUAUACGAUGUACGUUAUUUGCUAUUUGUUUAUUGUUUUACUAGUUACAUACGUGGGGUUAGUUAUUAGUAAAAUAUAAUUCACGACAAAAUAGAUAUAAUUAAAAUAUAUGCAAAAAACAGCUUGGAAAAUAAUUAACUUGAACCUCAAAAAAACAAUUGUUUAUAAUUUUGUGCGAUUUCUUUUAAUGUAGGUACAUAUUUACAAAAAAAAAGAAAUCAUUUAUAUACGUAAAUAGGUAGGUAUAUGUAGGUACCAUGGAAGAAUUUUUUAGGUUCCUAGGUUAUUACUUAAGUUAUAGGUAUAGAUACUCUUAGCUAUAACUCGUUUAACCAGAUAUAUUGAAUACCUUUAGUAUAGUAGUACAGUGCCUAUAGGUUUUAUGAAUAAAGUUCUAAUUUUAUAAAAUUCUUAAAUAAUAUAUUAUUUGAUUGAUACAUGAUUAUUAAAUAUUUAUCAAUUUUUUGUGUUUAAUUUUGUUAAUUAUUAUGAUUUGUAUUAGGUUAUGAAGAAUCUAAAAAAAUGCAUCGUAUUAAUAUUACUAUAAUUUGACAAUAUAAUAUAUUAUUAUUAGGUACCUUUACUAAAUAAUAACUAUUUUGAUAUUUAAAUUUAUUUCUAUCUAAACGAUUAAAAAAAAAAAAAAAACGAUAUAGUUAAUAUAAUCAUUAUUUAAAAAUGUACAGUUUAUUAUUUUAUUGUUAUUUAAAUUAAUAGUUAAAUAGUUAAUUAUAAAUUAAACAUUUACAAAAUGUUAACAUUACAGAAUGAUUUAAUUUGUUCAAGUGUAACUAAAAAUAGAAUUGGCUUUAAAAAUUGGUAUUAAUAAAAUAGAAACUUAUUUUUUAUUUAAGUCUGAAAUAUGUGCGCUACUAACUUGUUAAGUGUAUUUUAUGGUGUUUAAGAAACUUGAAUAAUUACCUCUUUCACUUUAAAAAUUUAAAAAAGAAAUUUAAUUUUUAUUUAUUUAUUUUAUAUAUGAGUAUAUAUAGGUACCUAAUAAAUUUAAAUUACUUGUCUUUAUACGUAUUAAUUACGUAAUAUUUUUUUUUCAAUGCUGACUUAGCUUUAUCAACAUUAGGUAAUUCAUAGGCUAUAUAACCUGAUUAGUCUUAUUGAUAUAAUUUUUGUACCCUAUACAAGUAAAUUCUAUGAAAUCGAGACGUUAUAUUAUUAUAUUGUUUAGGCAAAUUAUACUAUUAUUCAGUAUAUGAAAAUAAAAUGUUAUAAGAUAAUUAAAAAAUUUAAAACAAGUAUACGCCAAUUUGAUGGUAUACAUACGUGCAAUGGAGCAAAGGGGGGAGGGUUAGGGGUUAUAAUCCCUCCAAAAUUUUAGAUUUUACGAAUUCUACGUAACCAUAGUAUCAUAAUUUUUUUUUGCAAUUACAGAAAUUUCAUUAAAAUAUUGAAUACGUGAACUUCGUAAUAUAGAUGAACUUUUAUAGUAAUUUACCAUCCCAAAUAUCAUAGUAAAAAUUUGUUUGAAAUCCAUACUCCCUUCCCUGGAAAUGAAUCCUGCUGGUUACAUCACUGUACACGUAUGUGUAUUAAAACGCGUUAUUAGAAUACCUACGCCUAUUCGAUUAAUCGAUCUUCUCGGUUAAUUGUUCAUAAGGAUAAUCAGCUGUGAAAAAAAAAUAAUAAUCCAACAGUCUUAGGUAUACCUAUAGAUAUAUAUAUGUGUAAAACCGUAAAAAAAGAAUAAAUAAUACCCGAUUAUCCUGUUCAAGUUGGUUAGAAUCACCUCUUGAUCUCAUUUUUGAAAUAUAUAGGGUACAGUUUUAAUACAUGUAAAUCGUUUAAUAAAAUAUUAUUAUCUGAUCAACACGUAGGCAUUUUAUUUUGUUUUUAUCAUAAUGAUAAUAUUAUGUGUAAUAUAAGUAUGAUUACAGAAACGAAACGAAUCGAUUUUUUCCCCCUGUACCAUUUUAGUUCUUAUCCUAAUAUAAUAACGCGUUGAUUUAUUCUGUUAUGCAUCACGUCGAUCAAUAAAAUAUCGACUUAUUUAUUUCUCUUUUUUUUUCUGAUGAUUUUUUCUAGUACCUAUUUUUUUUUUUUUUUUACUUUCUUGGAUAUAAUAUUUUUCACGUAUGUAACAAUGAUAUUGUAAAGACAAAAAACGCAUUUCAACCAAUAAAUAGGACGUUGGGUAAUUUUUUUUUUUAACUGGCUGAUUUAUCUGAUAUGCCUUGGAGCGUAGAGGUUGAAUUGAGUUUUUUUCUUCGUAUAUUUUUUUUCUUCAUUCUUUCUUGCUGUUCGUUUUUCUUUGGUGUAUUUUAGGUAUCCGCUGCACGAAGAAAUCUAAUGCGUGAUUUAAUAUUAAUUCCAAGAGUAAAAAAUAAUUCUUUUUUAGACGUUGUUUAUAUGUAUAUGAACAAUUUUUUUUAUUUCAAGAAAGUACCGCGACAUCCUUCGUCAUUUGUAAUAUUUCCUACAAAGACAUCGAUUAUUAUUUUUAACAUCAUUUAAAAGCGUAAUUGUACAUUCUCUAAAUUUUAGAAUAAAAUUAAUUUAGACUUUCUCUUUGAUUUUGCAAAUUUAUAUAAAAUUGCCUUGAUUCGUUUUUUAAAUAUAAAUGAUAUUUUAUUUUUAGGUAUAUCCCGGAAAGUUUAAAAAUACUUAAACAAUUUUUGCAUUGUUUUUAUUGAAUAUAAUUAUUAUAUUCAUGUUAGCACUAUUUAUUACCACUUUAUAUUUGUGGUUGAUUAAAUAAGAAAAUAAAACAAAAAACAAAAGUUAUUAUCUACCCAUGUAUAUUGUUCUUAAAAUUCAAAUGAUGAUACUAUUAUUAUAUAUUUAUUCACCAGUGUAUCUACUAUCUGUGUUACAUGAAUGAUUGUUAAAUUUAUUAAUUUUAACAUAUAGGUAUUUACAUCUCGUAUUUACAAGGAUAAUUAAAUCACAAAAAUAUAAAAACAUAUUUUAUAGGUAUACAGGAUGUACCUUCAGAAUUAUCUCAGCGAUCAAAAGUUUAUAACUACAUACAUUAGGUAGUAGGUAUAAGUCGAGGAAUUAGUAUAUAUAAUUAGAUCAAUUUGAAAUUUAUACAUUUUAAAUGUUAAUAAUUGUUGGAUUUUUAAAUUUAAAUUUUAUAAAUUUAAAUAAUUAAUUUGACAAUUUUCUAUGUCAAUAGAAAUACAUAAUUUUUACAAAACAUACAUAUAAAAUGAUUGUUAAUUAAAACAAAUAGUAAUAAUUGCUCCGGGGCUAAUUUGUUAACGAAAUUAGAAUUGUUGACCCACUUGUAUUCAUUUUAUUUUAAUGUUAUUCAAUGGAAGUUGAAGUUCAAUUGCGAAGUGGGUAUUAAUUUUUUAACAAAAAGAAAUUAUAAACAUCAAGGAAUUAUAGCCUAUAGCAUAAAUUAUACCUAUAUAGUAGCAAUAUUAUAGUAUUACAAAAGUGUCCUGUUGAUUUAUUCUUUACGAUUUGAAUACUUUUAAAGCAGAAAACAAGUAUAGAUAUCUCUAGUAAGAGGACACCACUCCAUGAUCUGCGUUAUACCAAUUGGCUAUUUUGUAUUUUGUUUAUAUAUAUAUACGGCAAAAAAAAACCUCAUUCCGCAAAAUCAAAGCUGAAACUUAAAAUUAAAAAUAAAUACGUUGGUAUAUAAAUAUAAUGGUAUAUCGAAUUUGAUGCAUUUUAUAAAAUCAAUAAAAAUUAAUUUUGUAUUAGACUAAUAGCUUGCAUACAUAAUUUUGAAAAAAUUUAAAUUCCAAUACUAUUUUAUCACUAUAAACAGUUUUUAGUUGUAUUUCUUGAAAUCUGUUAUAUUAUUACAAUUGAAUGGAAUGUAUAAAACGAUCCUAUUUAAAGUUGUAUGGUGAUUAGUAUUUCGUAUGAAAAAAAUCAAAAUUUACCAAAAAUGUAUCGUAAAAAAAUGUCCACCCGUGUAAUUACAAGUGUUUAGUACUAAUCAGCAGUCUAUAGUAUAGUGCGUCCAUUUUUAUUUUUAGUAAACCGUUGCGAAAACGUUACAAAAACCGUUGAUCCCAUCCAACCAUAUUUCAGUCACCCCUGCCGCUUCCCCAUUGGACCGGGAUAGUCAUCCGGAGGGUAGAACGAUGCAUAAAAAAAUAAUACAAAAAAAAUAGCAUCCACCCCUAAACAAUACCGGAGGGUAGCGAAAUGGAGGACGUACCCUCACAUCCUUAAUUAUCCGUAUACAGACGGGGAAAAAACAACCCCUCUUGGGACGAUCCGUUCCCUAUAUCUAACAGUGUUAGAAUCAAUUUUUUUUGGUGGGUGGCCAAAAAAAAAGUUUUGGUUAUUUUUUUUAUGUAAAAGGGGUUCGUUUUUUGCAUUAACUUAGUGAUGACCUGAGAAAAGGGUUGUGUAAAGGACAAAAAAAUUUACAAAGACAAUGCCAUCGUUAGAAUCUCACGCAGGGUAAAUUUUUUUCUUCUCUUCCACUACAUUAUAAUACGUGGACGAGCAUUUGCAUGCAUCCGACGGAUUAUAUCCAUGUAAAACACCUGUGACCCCUUCCUUUCGUUCUCACGCAUACCUAUCCCCCGUACUAGCACUGGCAGCUGAGUAUUGUUUUAGGUAAAAAAAAUAGAAGUAUGAAAAUUAGACGAUAUUUUUUUUUCUUUAACCGAGGACAUAGUCACACGAUAUUUGCAUGUACGUGAACAAAAUGCAAGGUAGUUUUUUUCGGACAACUUUUUUUUCAAUACUUAUAUGAAUAUUGUUUCAAGAGUGGGAUCUUUUUGACGAUAAUAUUCCCACACCGAGGGAUUAACUAGUAUUAUUUUAUUCAAUUUAGAUGCGUACCUACCUAUAUACUGACAAAAAAAAAUAUUUUAAUUGUUUAAUAUUAGUGAUUAUUUUUGAUUAACUUAAUGUUGCAAUAUUUGGUAUAAAUUAUUUAAAUUUACUUAUACCAAUCUGUACAUUCAUCUUAAUUUUUUUUUUUAAUUUUUAGUAUCAUUUAUUGUAAUAAAGAAAUAAGAAUAAUAUAGAAUACUAAUAAGAAAUUAUAUUUAACAAAUGGUGAUUAUAAAAACAUAAAUAAUAAUAUUUUACUAUUGCAACUUGCAACACGUCAUAUAAUAUUUAUAGAAAGACAGAUGUUUUUGUGUCAAUCAUGUAUAUCUUCAUAUGUUUACAAUUUUGAAUUAUAUAGUUCAAGAGAUCACCUUUAGGCAUAAUGUGUGGAUACCACCUGGUUUCCUGUCUAUCACAGUACACCUAUAUAUUACAUAGAUUCUUAAUAACUGAAAUACUUAAAAAAAAAAUACUACAUUACACUAAAUUUUAUAUUUGACGACUAAGUAUGGCUCAUAAUAAACUUUCUGUUAAAUUUUCAAAAAUAUCUGUUAAGCCGAACAAUGAUAUUCACAUAGUAUCUACCGAAUAAAAAUUACGUAAAAUAUUCGCAAAUUUAAAAUGUCUAUAAAUAACUCAGAAAUGGCUCAAAUGUUUUGAAAAUUUUACCAUAUCUAGAAAAUGCAACUAUAAGUUUUCUUUAGAAAUUUCAAAUCUCUAUGAUUAUUUUUAACUGAAUUUCAUUAAAAAAAAAAAAAAAAAUAAUAAUAAUAAUAAAAUAAUUAUUUUCGUAAAUUUUCCUGUACUCUCUACGUAUUUUUCGACUUUGCUUACUUUAAAAACUACAAAGAAAAUUAAAAAAACGAAUUACUUACUCACCAACAAGAAUAAAAAUUCAACAAUAAAGGUCUCUUGUCGUUUUUUCUCUUGGAGAAGUAUUUAUGGUAGAUAACAUAUAAGCCGUAAACAUUUAAAAUUAUGAAAUUGCUGUGCCGUAUUUUUUGUCUGUUUUGGUUUCUUCCAAUUAUUAAUAUGAAAAAAUACUAUAGAUAUCAAAAAUAAUUUUCUCUGUCAUUGGAUAUGUAUUUAAAGGAAUAAAAUCUAUUUCUCAUCAUUUUUCGAUUGGAGCUAUAUUUUUGGUAGAAAAUAUCGUGAACAAUUAAAAACAAUGGAAAUAGUAACGCCGCAAUGUGCAGUUAAUAUUUGCCAUUUUAUGUAUACAUUUCUUUUGGGGUUUUCCCAAUUAUUUUAAAAACCCCAUAUAAAAUCAAAAAAUUACCUCUUUAAUACACCAACUAGUGAAAAUUACUUUUCAGAAAAGAUGCUACACUCAAUACAUUGAAGUAUGAUUUCUUUUCAAAAAGUUUUUUAUAGACAGAAAAACAACCAAAAAAAGCAUACAUCAUGGUAAAACCAAUUCAUUUCUUGCUACGCUCUGAAUCCAAAAUCAAUAUUCAAGACUAGCACAAAAGAUUGAACUAUAAAAUAAUGUAAAAAUCAUCAGUUCGUAUAUUACACUUUAAUUAAUGAAACGACAUAUAAUUGUAAUCUUAAUUGAAAUAUAUUUCUCAUGUAUUUAUAUAAUUUUAUCUACUUUAUUUAUUUUUAGAUUCUGAGCAGAGCAAAUAUUGUAUUAGUUUCCAAUGUUGUAUUUUUCCGUCAACCAGAAAUCUUGCACAUAUUAGAUAAAAUUUAUUAUCAGAAAUUAACCAAUAGUUGAUGAUUAGAACAAUAUUUAUAGUAGAAAAGUUAUUUAUAGAUAGAAAAAAAAUCACAUCAUAGAAAAGCUAAUACAUUCUCGCAUAGUUCAGAAUAUAAAACUAAAUUAGGUAAAUAAAGUUAAAAUAUGGUGAAAUUAUCAUCUAUAUCACCACCUAAGAACCAUCAUGAGUAAUCUCAAUAAAUGCAAGAUUGAAUAACUACUUAUUAAGUUUUAUAAUAUUUAUAUAAAAUUAACAGAUUCGUGUUUUUUAAACGCUUGCUAUUAGUUUCGAGGUUUGCUGUUAAAAAUCAAAAUGUCAUUAUAGUCUAUCUAAAAUUAUUUGUUAUCAAUGAAGCUACGACUAGUUUUUUGUUCUUUUUGAAGAGUUGGAAAAACUGAAAUUGGCCAUUUGGAUCGUGUAGUGUAAGUUAAAUUUUAAUUAUAAAUUCUACUUUUUCUUAUUUCUUUAAAGUUAAUAAACUUUUAAAUUCGGAGUGGAUCAAGAAAUAUGCAUUAGGUUUAUAAUAAUGUUUAUUAUUAUUAUUAUUAUUAUUAUUUUUAAUUUUCCAAGCGGUUUUCAUAAUAAUUGGGAGAAAACCGAAAAAUGUAUGUACAUAUUUCAAAGAAACUUCGCUCUGAAUCGUUUUUCCUUAGCAAUAGUUUUUCGUUGAGUACAGAUAUAAAUUAAAUUCACCUCUACAUAUCCUAGCAUUUCAGCUUUUCCCCUACAACAGUGGCCCACCCAUAAUGCAAUGUAUGUCCGUCUUUUUUAUACAAAAAUUGAUUUAUAUAAAUAUGUAUACAUAUAUAUAUAUAUAUAUAUAUAUGUAUAUACCUACAUUAAAAUAACUGUUUUGAAAUAGUAAUAAUAAUAACAAUAUAAAGAUUGAUAUAUUUACAAAUCACAACUUAUGUCUUAUAUUUAUUUAUAUUUGUAUUAUUAUUACUACCUACAUUAUAUAAACACAUUUUCCUGAGUUAUAAAUAAAUUCAAAGUAAUUGUCUUCAUUUUAAUUACAAUAAUUAAUAAUUAAUUAAUUAAAUGCAGUUUAGUAUAUAGUUGUCAAUAAUAUGUUAUAUAAUUUUUUUUUCAAUAGAAUAUUAAAUAAUUUUUUAUGAAAAAAAUUGUAAUCAUCAUAACAGCUGGAACCAAUUUAUUAAAACUCAUUAUCAUUCAACAGAGUGUAUCGCGCAGGGCACCCAGACCCCAUUUCAUUUUAUUAAUUUUUUUCUUCUUAGAACUCUAGGUGUAUUGAUUAUUUUUUUUUAUGUUCCGUCUACGGUACUGUUUUUUCAAUGUUUCCCAUGCAUAAAGACAUUCUCGGACUUUAAAAAGACAAAAAAAAAAGUAAUGUUAAUGGCCUCGGUUAAAAAAAAAAACAAAACAAUACAAAAAGAACCACCGGUUCUGCCUGAAGGGUUCACAUUCUCUGGUGUUAUUUUUUUUUGCUGUCCGUUUUUUUUCUCUAGAUCAUCAUCAGUAUGAGACUCAAAGAAGGUUUAGAAUUGAAAAAAAAAGUUAAACCUAUUGCAUUGAAGUUAGAAGUUAAACCUUAUUUUGACCACGUAGAAAAAAUGUAAUAUUUUUAUACUCCCAAAUUACUGUUAUAAUUCCAUAUUUUUUAUUUACUCGUAUAUAAAUAUAUAUUUUAACGUGAUGUACACGUUGCUGUAUAAUUUAGGUAAUAGUUUUUUUUGUGUGUCUUAAAAAUGAAAUAUUAGUAGAUUAUCGUGAGAAAAAAAAAUAAAUUGUAGAAUUAAUAUAAUAAAUCUUUCUAUAAUAAAUACUAUAAUACUACAAUAGUAAUCAUAACACAAAAUAAGUUAUUAUUUACCUACUAAAAUAUUUUGUUUAAUUUUUUAAAAGAAAAAAAUACACAUCGUAGGUAUAUAAGUACCUACUUGAUAAAUGAUAAAUAUUAAAAAAUUUUAAAUUCUAAGUGGAGCAUUUUUUUUUUAAUAUUUGCUAAUAACUUAUAUUACCAGGAAUCUUGCUCCAAUCAAAAAACAACAAAAACACUUCAUUAUGAACAAAUUGUGGAAAUGGGUGACUAGAGGGGUGGUGGGCAAGACGGGGCAUCUUUCCCCCCUUGGACUUUAAAAUUUCAAGUAUAAUUUUAAUAAUUAAUUAAUACAAUUUUAUUUUAAGUAUUUUUUGGUGUUUUUUUAUUAUGCGCCUCCUUGAUAAAUUUUUUGUUGGCGCCCAUGAUUGUGGCUAUUUGAUGGUGCAGCAAUUACCAUUUUUUAGACGUGAUAAAAUAUUCAAAAUAUUCUGGGAUUUUCAAAUUAAAAAUGUUUUAAAACUAGAUUGGUUUUAUGUGGAUACAAUUUUGUUAGUUCAUAUAGAUACUAAACCAUAAGAAACGAGGUUUAUGAAGUUGUACUGGUAAAAUAAAAAGGUUGAGCAUCAUAUCGGAAUUUAUUUUAAUUUAGUUUUAAAUUUAAAUUCAUGAUAAAAUUUCCAAAAAAAAAAAAAAACAAAAACAAAUGUAAUUUAUUUUGUAAUUACGACUUGUUAAGAUUGACACGAGUCAACCUAAUUGGGGCUGCCGUAAUCUCAGGAACAGAGGGUUAGAUCUUACCUAGUCCACCUAAUUGCAUUAACUACUUAACUAAAUACAAAAAACUGUAGUACGCAGUUAUAUAUUUUGCAAAAUAAUCUCAAGAGAAAUACUUUUUAUAAUAAACGUAUAGAUAUAUUUUACUUGAAUUAUUUAUAGGUAAUUACAUUUAUUGAAAUAUGUUUAGUCUCACCCCACUCCUGGACCCUAUUGAAAUACAAUUGGUACGCUACUGUAAAACUAUAAUACCUACCAGCUAAAUUAAUGUGAAUUAAUGAAUAAUCUUCAUUUUUUAAAUUUAAAAAAAAAAACUAAAAUACGUUUGCUUUAAUGUAUUAUCACUUAAUUGUUAAUAAUGCUUUUAGUUUUUUAUAAUUAGUUUAUAUUACAUUAUUUAGCUGACAAAUUUUUAUUCUGUCUAUAUUAAUAAAAUAAGAUGGUAAUCUGUGUUUUGUUUGUCUGUGUGUGGAUCUAUCUCACGAAGAGGUUUGUAAAUAUUCAUUCAAAAGCUGAUAUAGGAGUUCUUGUGCACAUUGAAUUCAUAUUUCCGAAAUUCCAUUACUAAAGAAUAACUGACUUAGGGUUUUGGAAAAAUUACAUUUCUUUUUGUUGAUUUAUGGACUACUUUGGUGACAGGAUGAAAAAAAAAUAGUUAUUGUUAUAGUUAUUUUGGUUGCCACGAACGAGAAAUAACCCUUUUUAAAAACUAAAUUAUCAGAUAAAAACGGUUAACUUUGUUAGAAAUGGGUGUGGAAAUUAUAAAAAUUAUGGGGAAAUACGUUUUUAAUUUUUUAUUUCUUUCAUUGCUAUGUUCGGGAAAAGCCGAGUGGGACAGAUAGUAAAAAUAAAAAAUAUUUAGGUAUAUGUUAUGGAAAUUGUUUCAAUUUUUCAAAUUUAAAUAUAAGGGUAAAUGUUUAAAAUUUAAUAUUGAUAUUCAAAGUUUCGCUAUCUGAAUAUUGAAAUGUCCGUUAAACACCAUUCACAAUACUUAUUAUAAUGAAAUGUUAUCUACGUAAAUGUAACACAACAUUACAUUACUGAACCCUUUCAUAGGCAUUACAAAUUAAGUAAGGAUAAAAUGUCCUUUCUCUCUUGUAGGUACAACCUUGAUGUUGACAAUUUUUCAAGGUCCAAUAAAUCCAAUUUGUACUUAAAAAUAUUAGAUAACGUGGAACUUAUACCUAUAUAUAUAUAUUCAUAAAAAUAUCAAAAUAUUAUGAUCUACGACGUGAAAAGGUGUUUUGUUAUUUUAACCAGAUCGUUGAUCUCAUCUUCCACAACGUCCGCGUGUGUGCAACGUGCAUUAUGUUUAAUCAGUUAACAAAUCAUAUACCCAUCUUUGACCCUGGAGUUGUAUAGGUAUAAUAAUAUGAAAGGUUCAUUUACAUAGAUGGACUAUCCAAAGACAGAUGGAUGGACCCUAAUUGAUGUGUAUGCAUGUACCUUUUUGUUUUUUUAUCUACUAGAAGAUUCUGGUUUAAUUUUUUUUUUAUUAUAAUUUUUUUUAAUAUAAUUUUUGUUCUUCUCACUAUAUGUAGUAUAACGUCUAUUGUACGAGCCACAUCUGCUGUUUUGCAUUCAAAUUGAUUUCUUCGUUGGGUUAUUUUUUUUUUCAGUUUUUUUUUUAUAACCAUAUUUAUACUUAUAUUAUGAAGUACCAUGUAGGUACAUAACAUAUUAUUACACGUUCAAAUAGAAAAAUAUAUAAUGUAUUUGAAAUGAUCUUGAUAAUGUAAUCAUGCUAAUCAUAUCUCACGGUAUUAAGUUUUUAAUGUUUCAGAAAUAUAUUUUCAAACCUAUCAAUAAUUUCCUAAAAAUUGAAAAUAUUAUACAAUAUGAUGAUAAUAAUAAUUCCUAAUAUCAAAUAACGUACAAUUAAUAAAACUAACCACCCAUUGAUGCUUAUUAAUAUCCUUAAUAUAUGUUAGUAAAGGUCAAUAUUUUUGACCUAUGUUGUUUUAUUAAAAAAAAAAUAAUAAUAAUAUUUAUAUACAAUAAUGGGUAUCCCGUAGUGCUGGUAGCCUUGGAAAACGAGUUCAACCCUCAGCUGCUGUCCGAUGCACGUUGUGCAAUAAUUACAACAAACAAGACGGCCCCAGGUCACUUUAGCCCGGGAAGUCGUUACAACACGGCGAUGUAUAGGACCUCUGGUUAAUAAACAGAAAGUAUCCCCACCACAAAUAUUAUUGUGAACACUAACCCCUUUACAAAAUAUAUAUAUAUUUUAAACAGCAAUAAAAGACCACUGUGCUGUGGUGGUCGGCGCAUAUAUACCUAUACGGUGUAAAAUAGAACUAAUGACCGAUUUAAUUGGGUUUAGAACCAAUAUUAUUUUGAAAUUUGUAUUUAUAUACCUAUUAUGUAAAGUAGACUAUUAUACAAUUAUUUCAUAUUUUUAAAAGUUAAGUAAAUCACGUAUUUGUAAUCACAUCAUUGUCAGACUGGGUGCUGAGAAAAUAAAAAUAUAUUAUUUUUAUACGUUGGAUACCUUUAUGCAGAGAUAAGCAAGAUACUUUAUAAUUACAAUCUAGAUACUAGCUACUAUACUAUACUAGGUAUUAUUAAUUGAUUUUCAGUAUUUAAAUACAAGAUAUUAAAUACUUAUGUAACAAGUAUUGUAAUACAAGGUACCUACUAAGUAUAUUUGUAUGUAUUCAAAUACUAGAUACUCGAUACUUAAAUUAUUAAAAUUAAAAUAUUAAUUACUAGGGUUUGGCUUCUAAGGCAAUCUAAACAAUAAAAAAAAAACCACUGAAAAUGUGAAAACAGGCUAAAAAACAUUUAUUUUAUAUAAAAAAUCAAUAAAAAAAUAAACUAAAAAAUUUCAAAUUUAACUAGUUAAUAUUAUAAAAAAUUAUGUUUGACUUACAUUUUUUUCUGAACAAUUUUUACGGUUUGUGCUUAAAAUAUUUUAAUACAUAGAGAAUGAUCUUUUAUUAACGUUAAAUUAACUUGCUAUACCAAAUAUUCGAUAAAGUAUUUAGGAAUAUUGAUAAAUAUUACCGAUUAUAAAACCUAUUCAAAGUUAUUUUAAACAUAAUAUCGACAAUAAGUUGUCUUCAUUAGGUCUUAUCAAUAUGUAUCGUUAAUAUGUAUAUAAAACUAUCAGAUCAAUUGAAAAUUAUACACAAAAAGCAAAAAGACAUUUAUAAGUAAAAAAGCGAAAAAGAGCUAAACACAUAUUCAUUCAUUAUUUUAAAUAUUAAAACGAAACAUAUUUGUAUACAAAAAUUAUUUUUCUAUCGUUAUAAAAAAAAAAUUUAACCUUCAAAUCUGAGCCCUAUUAAUUACAUUUUUCACGCAUACUGCAGUAUCAUAAAGGGUGAGAUGGUUAUUUAUUUGAAACAUUUUCGAAAUUUCUUCAAUUCCCUCCAUUUUUUGUAAAACUACUUUCAGUUUUUAAAGAACUUAUUGUUAGAAAAUUUAAGGAAAAAAUGAUCCAGUUUGUGCACCCUUUUGGACAAUUGUGAGUAAGAUACCUCAACAAAAAUUAAUAAGAUUUAUUAAUUUCAGAAUCGAAAUACAAGAUACACGAUACUUUUCAGAACUGUUUCGCGAUACCAGAUACAAUUAUCUAAAGAACGCAAUUAAAAUACUUGUAUUGAAGAUACUGCCCAACACAGGCUAUAUAUGUAAUACUUAAACCUAUUAUUAAUUCUUUAAUAUUAAUAUUCAGGUUAUUUCUUUUUUAAUCUAUAUUAGUAAAUAAAUGAAUAAAUAUAUAAAAUAUAACCGGCAUAUAAUUUUGAAAUCAAAAAUAAUUAAUAUAUUUAGUAUGCUGAACGCCUGAACGAGUAUACUAAUAAUAGGAUAUUGGUUUGAAAAAUUAAUUUAGUUGAAACAAGACAAAUCCUAAAUUGUAUGUCGAACGUUAGUACAUUUGUAUAAAGUCAAUGUGGCGCCGUAAAUUCGUUGAAACUGCAAGAACAAUUCGACUCAAUGACGCCAAAUCAAUUUAUGUUCAUACAGGAAAAAAAUAUUCUUCUCCUCAAACAAAGACGAGGUCAUUUUUUUUUUUAUAUAUAAUAUAUGUGAUGAAGGCGAUUCGUAAAUGUUCCCCUUUAUUAUCGACACAAGAAAUGAAUUGUAUGGGUUAAGGGUAGGUAUAUAUAAAAUGUGGAAAAAAGAAGAAAACUCCUCUAAAGUCACAUUAUAUAAAAUAUCGGUUGCAAAAAUGAAGGAGAACACUAUAUAUAAUAAAAUUAUUACUCCCCACAAGCAAAGGAGAGCGCAGCAGACACAUUUAUUAUCAGUGACCUGAAUUCUAAACUGCGCCACCGAACUUCCAUAACAAUACAAUAUAUAAUACAGCAUUUUCUCCACCAUCGCUAAAAUAAGUCGAAAAAAAACUUGUAAAGGUUAGAUUGGGACUAUUGUAAAAGGUUUUUACAUUAUUACACGGAAUAAGUACGUAAUAUACUUACGGGUAUACGACAAUUGGACUUUAAUAAUGAAAUAUUUCGAAUAGGUUUUUGAAUGUUAUAUUUAAUGAUAAAUUUGUAAUUUUUACAGUGAUCAUGACGUCCAGUCCAAGUAACGAAGCUGAAUUACAACUUUACAGGGUAAUGCAGAGGGCGAGUUUGUUAGCAUAUUAUGACACACUACUUGAAAUGGGUAAGAAAUGUAUUAAUAGAAAUUAUAUAAUUUUAUUAAACUAUGAUACUUAUAAUUUCAGUUAUUUUCUUAAACUAUUGUUAAUUUAAUUUUACAUGGGGGAAAAUGGGGUAGGUCCGGUCAGUGAAUAACGUCGGUCAGUCCACUAUUUCGGUACCAGUGAGAUUAUACAAUCUACAAAUAAUAAGCGCAAUCGAUAGAUAUGAUUGUUAUAACCUAAUUUUCUGUUUAAUUGGUUUUUAGUUAAUAUUUUAUAACCAAAAUUUAUGUUAUCAUUUUUUCGUCGUCCACACUAUACAAUUUUUAUUUCUCAUUUACUCAAGUUAAGAAAUAAUAUUUUAAAUUUUGAAUCCUAUAUUAUUAAAAUGUGUAGAAUUUUGUAUAACUUCCAAAUAUGUUAUCAGAAUUUAGAUACUAUAUGAAAUUAAUUAAGCAUGCAUAAUUUUUUAACUUCAUAUACAACCGAUUCAAACCGGUCAAAAUCAAUAGGGUAAUAGCGGUCAUAAUACAUAAUAUUUAAAUUAUGUACAUGGAUUAUAUUAUCUUAAUUUAAGAAUUAUUAUUUUUAAAACUAAUCGAUCAAAUGCACUUUUUUAAAAAAAAUAAUCAAAUAUUCAAUUUAUAAAAGGAGGUAAUUUAUUAUUUUGGAAAACACCAAGUUUAGCUAUAAAAUGGUGUAUGGAACACUUUUAGAGCUUUACUUUUAGCCAACAUAUUGAUAUUUGAGUUUAAAUCAGACCUACCCCAUUCUUCCAUACUCCAUUUAGUUUUUAUUUGGUUUUAUGCUGAUAAUAUUGCUUAGCCAAACAGAAAAGUAUAAAAAUAUAUCACGUGGUUCAUUAUAAUUGUACUUAGUGAUAAAAAAAACAUUGAGCUUAAUGUAGUUUUUUUAAAAGCUUUUUACAUUAAAAUGUUGACGACAAUUUUAAAAAUCACGGCAUACAAAAAUAUAUUCAGCCGAAUUUCCUUCAAAAUCUUAUUUUGUCAGUAGUAAUUUAUCGUUGCGUACAGAUAUAAAUUAAAUUAAUUUAUGUAGGUAUACUAUCUUCUCAACUUUCAUCUUACAACAGUGGCACCUAUCAACCGUAUCAGCCUUUUUGUAUUAUACCUACUUAAAAUAUUAUAUACUGUUAGUUUUUUUAUUGAAUGAAUUAAGUGUGGGUAAGUAUUAUUCUACACAGUUAUUUCUUAAAAUAAAAAAGUAUAAUAAGGAUACCUUAUCUUAUUUUAAUAAAAACAUUAAUUGUAUUAACGAUAUAUCUGAAAGAAACGUUUAAAAAUAAUGAUAUACAAUAAUAAUAAAACAAAAUUAAUAUAAAGGUGAAUUAAAUUAUAAGUAUCUACGACUUACGUACUCAUCUAUUAAACAUCAUUGUUUUUGUUAAAGUACACAAUUUUCAUAUUAGAUUUUUUUAAUCUACGUUUUUGUUCACUUUAAUGAACAGGUGGUGAUGACUUGCAACAGCUUUGUGAUGCUGGCGAAGAAGAAUUUCUUGAGAUAAUGGCCCUGGUCGGCAUGGCGUCAAAACCAUUACAUGUUCGACGAUUGCAAAAAGCUUUGCACGAAUGGGUUAGCAAUCCGGGUAAGUACAUAUAGUUAUGUAACCGAUUCGGCCAAUCAUUUAAAAUUAGUUAACAAAUAACAAAUAAAUAAGAAGUUGUAUAAUUAAUAAAAAUAAAUAAACAUAAAUAUAGAGAAAGUACCUAGAUGAUAGAUUUUAAGUUAGUAUAAAAGAAAACAGUAUUUUGAAUUGACAUAAUUAACUUAAUAAAACAAAAUACAUAUAAAACAUAAAAUACAUUCAAAGAACUUGAUUAAAGCAUAUAAUAUAGUAGGUAUACCGUAUGACGUAUACCUAUUUAGUAGCUAUACCAUAAAAAAUAAAAAUGACAAUAAUUACUAAAAUGUUUUUAGGUAUAUUAUAAUACAUGAAAUAGAAAAUAAUAUUGUAUAAUAAAUAGAAAAAUAAAUUCAUAAUACGUAAACAAAUACGUAUAAAACUCUUCGUAUUUUCUUAGCGAGAAAUACAGCAGAAAACUAUACAUAUAAUUUGAAACAUUCAACCAUCUUAUCAAAAAAAUUCGACAAUUUUACGAUAAAACAGCUGGUCAACUUUUUCAUAAUAUUAAAACCGCUUAAAAAUAUUAAAAUUAAUUAAUAAUUCUGUUAUUUAUAGUCAUAAGAAAAAAAAUGUAUGCGUAUAUUAUAAUUUAGAGGUAACCGUAUGUCCGUAUACCUACUAAAGUGGGUACACGGUUAUAAUGUAUAAAACUAAAUGCUUCCUAUUUAUACUUGAUUAAAACAUAAUAUCAUAUAAGAUACACAUGUGUAUAAUACUAUGAUUCGUUCGUAAUAGAUUUGAUUAAUCAUCUUUCUCUGUCGAAGAGGUAUAGGUGUAUAAUAUUUCCAAACACGCAACACUUUUGGCCCGUUGACCAAAUGUCGUCGGAGUCAUUAUCAGUAGGUUUAAUGGUAAUCCUUUGAUAGGUACAUUUCUAUAUGUAGGUCGAAUUCUAGUGAAAUUAUAUUAAUAAUACUAAUAAUAUUCUCGAAUGAGGACGUAGGCAUAUAAGAGAAUGACAAUGAAUAAGGAUCCGAACAGCAGUAGGAGCAGUUGGUGAGCCACCGGGUUUAUUAUUAUUAUUAUUUUAACCCUUUCUCUAUAUAUACUAGUCAUUCCUUUUGUUGUUAUUAUGAUUAGUACAGCAUGUGGGGAACCAGGGAGUGUAUAUAUAUAUAUAAUUUAUAGGUAUAUAAUAUAUGUAUGUAUAUUGUAUGUGUGUAUGUGUGUAUGUGUAGAUUUAUACAGAGAGGUGUAAAGAAAAUACAGUGUUCGAAGAGGUGCGAAGUUCUUGGUCGAAAAACGUAUAUUACAGAUUCUAGAACGUAUAUGAGAUUAGUCGUAUUAUUUAUUAUUCCGGGUAGGUAUACUUACGCAAAAACUUGUUAAAUAUAAAUGUCUAUACUGCAAAGCGUUUUUCGAACAAGUUUUACAAAAAAAAAAAAAAUAUAUUUAAUUAGUAUGGUUUUUAUAUUGAGUACAUUUUAAAUUUGUAUAUAAGUAGAAUUACUUAUUUAGAUAUACCUGUUAUACAAUUUUAUAAAUAUGUCAAUUCUAUUCAAUCACAGUACCUAUAAUAUUAUUUUUAAAAUUAUUAUAUCUGAUACCUGCAGCUAUAUCUGCUUUAAAGUACGUAAGUUUUCAACAGUUUUAGGGUUCUCGGUAGUUAAGUAUAGAAUUGACAUUUUUAAUUUGGAUUCAGGUUGUCGAGUACUUUGAACAAACCUAUAAAAACAAUCCGCUCGAUCCUCGUCGAUUUCCAUAUAAGACUACAAUAGUGCUAAGGGUUUCUCGAAUAUUCUGUUUACUCGAAUAGUUGUUGUAAGUAAAACGUGCAAGUGCAAUCAGGAAGUACAUUUUCUUGUAUUUUAUAUUAUUUGAUGGAUACCGUGAGCGUAGGUAAAGGGAGGGGGGCGUUAACCCCGCAUUUUUAUAUUCUUAGGUACAAUAUAGGUUAUAUUUUGUAUAUAUUAAUUAACAAAGCAAUAAGUUAUAUUGGUACUUAACAAAAUAGAUUUGAAAUUUUGAAACAUAACAUUAUGUUUUAUCAUAAAUGUUUGAUGUAUGUUGUAUAACCUAAAACUAAACAAUUUUUAAUUUCUGUUUAUUUUGAGUACGUGGUAAUUUCUUUUAAUUUUGUAUUUAGCAAUAAAAAAAUAAACAUCUUCUUUUAGAAACACGGUUUUAUAACCGUGAUCUUUUUUAUUUAUUUCAAGAAACAUCAUAUUUAAGCUAAAAGUGAAAGAACUUUUAAUAUAAAUAUUUCGUUUUAUAUAAAAAAAAAAAGUAAUUAUACAAAUAAUAGAUUUACUUCUAUUAAUAAAGAUCACUCUAGUAGGUAUGUUAUACAUUCUAUAUACAUAAAAAAAAGAAUACAUCUUUCUACAGUUAAAUUAUAAUCGAAACACCAAUACCUACAAUAAAUGCAGACAGUCAAUUUCUGGUAACUAUAUAAAUUUAAAUUAAACAUUUUUAAAUAUAUAAUAUAUAGAUAGUAAAAUAUAGUAAUAUAACAAUGGUAAAAGUAUAAACAGAAUUUUUUCGGAAAUUGUUGUUCGUAUUCAUAUAUUAUUACGCUCAUAUAAUAAUGCCUGCAGGAUGAAUAACAUUGAAAGGUUUGGUGAAUCCUAGAAGAAAAAACCUUUUGUAUACAAGAAAAAAAUUUUUAUGUACGACUUUUUCCAAAAGCUUUUCCUAUCCCCUUUCCGGCGUACUGAACAUUUUGUGGUGUAAAUUUUCAACAGGAUCACAUAUAUUUUUAUAUCAUGUAUAUAAUACGAGAAUGUGGGUAUAUGUGUGAGAGUGGGAGUGUGUGUGCGUAUACGUGCGACACACAAUAUAUAUGUAUACGGCAGUCUGCAGGUUUUUUCUACCCCUUUUUUUCUCUUUACAAGAGAAAUCGCUCAGAGUGAGAGAGAGGGUAAAAAUAAAAAUAAAAGGAACGAACGGAAAAAAAAAGGAGGAAAAAAAGAACCGAAUCAUAAAACCUCUACCCUGCGCUGCAGUCCUACCUCUUGUUGUUUUGCGGAACAACGUCGUCGAAUUAUGGGGAGAGAGAAUGAAGGCGAGCGCGAUGGAAGAUAGAGAGGGGGGGGGGCAGAGAGAAAAAAAAGACGAAAAAAGUUUGCUCGAUCAAUUUUUCUGUCGCAGCUGCAAUGUGUUGAGGGGUUUUCAGAUAACCCGGCGGAUAAAGUACAUAAUUCCAGGUUUGAGGGUUUUUCGUUUUGGGAACCGUCAAUAAUUUCUUUUAAAGAAAACAUUAAAAAAUAAAAUAAAUAAUCUGACGAGUGUUUAUAACAAAAUCCCAAAAAUAUACUUUUUAUUUUAUAAAACAAGUAUAAUAUAUAUUAUAUUAUGAUACAAUUUGAUGUGGUUUUUUUCCUAGUCUCAACAUUUUAAUUACAAACUGUUUCUUCUACCUAUACUAUUACAAAAAUAAUAUAAACCUAUAUAAUGCUAUUUUUAUAUUUAUUUUUCAAUUAAUAACUUUAAGUAUCUAGAUACGUUAUUAUUUAGAUUAUUUAUAUUAAUAUUCAUCUGAAUAUUUUAAAAAAGCGUAUAUUAUAUUAUUAUUUAUUGUAACUGUUUAUAAAAUGAUAAAAAAAAAAUGUCAAUGUAAAUAAUGCGUUUUAGGUUUUUAUUCUUAUGGUAGUAAAUCAGAUUCUUAAAAAAAGUAUAUAGAACCUAAUGUAAAUAAAUAUUGAUGGUUAAUUGUUGUGUACAGAUAUACAUUACAUUUACCCUCUACCUUCCCAACUUUUCAUCUACAACAGUGGCCCACCCAUCGUGUGAAGUAAGUCCGUGUCUUUUUAAGAUAGACAUUGUAUACAAUACCGAGUAUAAAGAUUAAAAUCUCGGGUCGCUAAUUAACAGUAAUAAUAGCAUGCACCAAGAGAUACAACAAAGAAUCUAUAACGCCAAUCGGGCUUAUUUCUUAAUUUUAAGUCUUUUUAAAUCAAAACUACUCUCUAGAGAACCAAAAAUAAGAUUAUAUAUAGCUUAUAUAAUACCCAUCUCAACUUAUGGGUGUGAAACUUAUAAUACUCGAAAAAAAAGUAUUAAGAAAAAUAUGUGGCCCAUAUUUUAAUUCUUACAGACAACAAUACGAAAUUAGACACAAUGAAGAUUUAAGGAAUCUAUUCAAACAUCUUAAUGUUUUUGCCUUUGAAAAAAGUAAACGGUAAAGUGGCUUGGAUAUGUCUGAAGAGCGGGAGAAAGUAAAAUGAAGGAAAUAAUAUACAAGAAAUCAAAUAGAAAAAGACCACGAGGAAAAUUAAUGCAGAUAUGGCUUGAUAUAGUACUGAAGGAUCUACAUAGAUGACACAAUAGGAGUGGAAGAUACAGACGACGAGGAACGAUAGAGAGGCGUGUGAUAGGCAUCGUUGGUCCUUAAGAGGUCGUAAGUUAAUGAAAAAGAUGAAUAAUAACAUGGGACUACUUGAUGUAAAUACUUGAUGUAACUUGAUACUACUAUAUGUAUUUGAAAAUAAAUUUAAAUAUUUUCAAGUUGAUAAAAUUUAAUUUUUCCAAAAGUGUCAAGAAAAUUGCCUAUUUACAUUCCGUUAAAUACGGGAGGUAGCACGUCCUAAAACGGAAGCAUACACUUUGGGGCAAUCUACAAUUACGCGCAAAACAAUAAGUCAAUCGGAUCGUGUAAAAUCGUAUGGAAACAAUGUUGUGGAAUAUUUUGUUAUUUAUCGAGACCUCAACCCCCCCAGUAUAAUAUUGUUAUUAAUACGUGUGACUUUUGAAUAUUUUGAAAUAUUCUGAAGAUAUUACAGCGAAAGCUUUUUAUAAAUCUAUAUUCAUAUACCCGUAUGAUUACGUUUCCAGAUAACACUAAAUAUUUCGGCUGGAUGACCUUGGAUUUUAAUUCCGUUUUCGGGAGAUGAUGAGGAGUACUAAAAUUCACACUUUAGGAUAAAUUUUGGUGUGUGCACACAAUACAAAUGACCCGAUUUUUUUAAUAGCAACACCCAUUUUUGAUACUAAACGAAGGACUUAUAAUACUAUUUUUUUAAAAACAACUUUUAUGAAUACAAUUUUUCAAUAUCAAUAUCUCCAUGUCUAGCGAUGACGUCUUAUUAGGAUGUUCUAAUUGCAUCAAAAUAGGAAAAAAAAUUAUGCUAUGAUUAGAAUUUGUUCACGGGCCUAGCUUAAUUAAAAAUGAAGUGGGCUACGAGUUAAAGGUCCAUGGAUUACACAUUAUUAUAAUUUAUAUGUUAUUAAAAUUAUGAAUUUCUGACGAAAAAUGUUAUUAUUCUCUUUACAGCCAUGUUCCAAGCUCCGUUGACUUCUCCUAUCGCCGGCGGUUCGAUACCAGUCUUGCCGCCAAACCCGAUCCGCCCAUUCUUGAGUGCUUGUCCGAAUCCUCUGAUUCAGACAUCCAUUCACCACGGUUACUACACUCCGUUGGGUUACGGUUAUCAACCACCCACGUCACCAUCACCCGUGCCCAGUUCGACUAACCAACUUCCACAGGUUAGUGUGUAUAAUAAAUAUGUAUAAUAUAAUAUUUUAGGAUUCCCCCCUCCAAAAAUAGCCCGUGCAUCACAAUUUACCCGUUAAAAAAUCAAAAUUAUUAAAAUAUUCUCAUUUAAAUCAUGACUUAUAAACUUUCAAUGGUGUUUGUAAAUGCGACAAAAGUUUUCGAAUAUUUUUCAUUUUAUUCAAUGUAUUUGUUGGAAAAUCCGAAAUAAUGGAAUUUAGAUAAAAUAUGGUCAAGAUUCUAAAUUUGAAUUAUAAGUUCAACUGCUUUAUAUUAGGAAUAUUGCGGGAUAUUUUGAGGAAACAUCAUGUUUUACUACAUUAGGUACAAUAUUUCGUGUUGCGGUUUCUGUACAGUUGUGUGUUUUAUUGGCAGGGAGGGAGAAGAAAAGAAAUAACCGUACACUAUACAGAAGUCUAAUAAUCAUAAUAAUAUUAUUGUAUAUGUCAAUAAUAACGUGUGUGUUAUAUUUUUAUAUAAAAAAUUACCGUUCAAUCGAGGUGAGUUCUACUGCAGUGAUUCACAUUUCGCUAUACCUAUACGGUAUGCAUAAGUACGUGUUUUGCCCGAUUACACGCGUGCACAGCGCACGUCAACGUCCGAAAAUUAUGCUUCACCGAAAAUGUACAUUUCUGUAUUAUUACUUAGGUACGCCAGCCGUCUCGCGCGAGUCAUCCGUUACACUAUUAUUUUUUGAUAAUAACAAUAAUAAUACAUGCAUAAAAUAUAGGUAAACUCGCCUAUAUACAUAUAUUUUAUAUGUAUAGAAAAAUACGCAGACCAUAUUGUAUACUUACCUAACUAGGUAGGUACUGUACAAUUUCCGCAUCCAUAAAUUUGUUAUAUUUCGGAAGAAGAAAAAAAAAAUUAAUAAAAACCAUUUCAACCAUUUUUUUUCAAGAUUACAUUGUAUUUUCAGGGUUUAAAAUAUAUUUUUUAUACAAUAUUAGUAGGUACAUUACUUUCGACGUUAUAUUUUUCUUCCGCGUAACGUGAUCGUUUAAAAAAUAAAAAUACCUACCUUUCGACGGACGCCAACGAGUUGGUUUACAAUUACCGAAUAGGUAUAUUAUACGAAUUGGUUUCAAUUAACUAUUAUCCUUGCCUGUCCAGUAUUUUUCCAAUAUCUUUUGCAUAAUAGUAUUUGAGAUAACUUUCUUCAAUAAUAUUUAAAACAUUUAUUUUUAAAAAUAAUUUACAACUGUUUCCAUUUUGACAUGCUAUUAGCAAAUUUGUUUGAAACAAUAUAACCAAGUUGUAAGCCAAUAUUAAUUAUUCUGAUACCUGAUGUUUCGAUAUUAGAAAUCAAAAACCAUGAUCAUUUUUUAACUUUUUUUUCAUAUUCCAUAUUCCAUAUUGAAAAACAAUUUCACCCGAAAAUAUUGGAUAAAAUAUAGGUUUUGAAAAGAACACGAUAUCCGAUAUCACUAUAUACGCAUAUAAUAAAUAUAUUUCAUAUAUUAUAGGUGGCACAAACGAGCGAAGCGACGACUUCAGCUGGUCAACACUAUGGAGACAGUAACAGUCCGGGUCAAAGUCCCGGAUCGCCUUUGCAGUUAUCUCCGUCUUUGGAUGAUUCUCAAAUCGCCCGAUUAGCCACGUCGGCUAAGGAACUAGUGCAGAGACUACCACAGUACCAACCUAAAGCGCAGACGGCAAAACGGAAGACGAAUAAGGAGCUCGAGGUAAGCAUAUAGAUACCAGUAAACUUCGCUACAAAUCUUUUUAUAAUGUUAUGAUGGUUUUACAGUGCGUUUUGAAUAUGCCAGAAGAAGAUCCUAGGCGCAUUGAAUCUAUUAGGAAGUAUUCGGCUAUUUACGGUCGAUUCGAUUGCAAAAGAAAACCAGAGAAACCCUUAACAUUGCACGAGGUGAAUAUAAACAUCAAUAUGCAUAUGGACUUAUGCCUGUUGAUCGUUUACCUUAUUGCAAUUAUGUCCUCGGCAACAAACUAUGGCGCCUAAGGUCCCUUAAAGUUGUGAAUUGUACCCACCCUAUGAUACCAACCACACCAUUAAUAUCAUAGUAUUUUACCAUAGGUACCAGUAUGGACAUUUUGCAAUAGCGCGUACGUUCUUUUAUCUUUAAGAUUCUGAGUGGAGCGAGGAAUGGUAUUGGUUUUACAAUGAUGUUUAUUUGUUUUUAUAUUUUUUCUGUGGACAACUUUUCUACCAAAAAUUUGGCUCCGAUUUACAAUAAUAGCACUUUUUCUAAAAGGAAAUCUGAAUAGAGAGAUUUUUCAAAGAGAUAAUUUUUUGAUUUUUCCAGGAGUUUUCCCAAUAAAUUAAAAAAACAUGGAAAACUGAGAAAAAACGUAGGAAAAAUGGGAAAAUGGGUACAAUAUUAAACAAAUAUCAUUAAAGAAAAUAUUUAAUGCAUAUGUAAUUAUUUUACCAUAAUAUUACACAUAUAUUGUUGACAAAGCAACAUUAUCAACCAAACUGAGAAUCAUUUGUUUGUUAGGAAUGGUUUACGUACAACUAUACAUUAAAUUCGCAUCUAUAUAUCCUACCUUCUAACUUCCUCUUCUUUCGGAACUUCCUACAUACAAAAGGAGCUGCACACGUCCCUAUUAUCCUAAGGCAGCUUUUUACUUACUAUUUUUGGAAGAUUUUAAAACUCUAAAUUUAUUCCUUAUGAUUAAAUCUAUGAAAAUGGUGAUCAUACCUAACCCCAAUAUAUGGGGUUGCAGUCGCAACUGAUAGACAUAGGAAUUAGCGUCACUGACAAGUGAUAACACAAAUUCAUUUUCCUUAUAAAAUGUGUCAAUUAUAAGUAUUAUAAUUAUUUAUUAGGUAGUAUAUUAUUUUUUAUUAUAAACGAUUUUUACAAUCCUGCAGGUAUCCGUAAAUGAAGCGGCUGCUCAAAUAUGCAAAUUAGUGCCUGUCCUGUUGACUAGACGAGACGAACUCUUCCCUUUGGCCCGACAAGUGGUCCGUGAUUCAGGAUACCAUUAUUCCAAAGGACAUUCCAAGUAAAUACAUAAACUAUAGUUGAGCAAAAAUACAAUACAUAUAGGUGGAUAAAUAUUUUAGAUUCUGAGCAAAGCGAAUGCAUUGGUAUUAUAACGAUGUUUAUUUAUCUUCUUUUUUUUAAUACUCUGUACAACAAUUCUGCCAAAAAUAUUGCUUCGAUGUAUCAAGGGUAGCAUUUUUUCUGAAAGGAAAUUUUAUCUAAUCAGUACUUUAAGGUAAUAAUUUUUGGAUUUUCCAAGCAGGUUUCAUAAUAAUUGGGAAAAAACGUAUAAAUAAUAGGAAAAUUUACGAAAUAUAUUAAUUUAGAUUUCAUUUUUUGUUGUGAUUCAGUUAAAAAUAUUCGUAGAAACUUGAAAUUUAAACAGAAACAUUAUAUUUGAUUUUUCUAGACGUGUUAAAGUUUUCAUAUUAUUUUAGCCAUUUUUGAGCUAUUUAUAAACAUUUUAAUUUUGCAAGUGUUUUUUGUAAUUAUUAUUUGAUAAGUACUCUGUGGAUAAAAUUGUUAAGACUAAACUAAAGAAAUGCUUGAAAAUUUAACAGGGGGUUCAUUUUGAGUCGUACUUAGUAGUCAAAUAAAAAAUUGAGUGUAAUAAAGUAUAUUUUUUUUUAUAAGAAUUUGAAUAUCAAAUUUUAACAAAAAUUCGUAAAUAAUAGGGUCUUUUAAAUCAUGUAUAACCGAACUCCGCCCAGAAUCGUUUUGCAAUGAUUAAUUGUUACAUAUAGAUAUACAUUAAAUUCCCCUCUAUAUCCUACCAUCCCAACUUCUCACCUACAACAGUGACCCAUCGUGCGAAGUAUGUCCGUCUUUUUAUCUUUAAUUCGAACAAAUUUGCCUAAAAUUAUAAAAAAAAAAACCAUAUUUUAUUUUCCGUAGAAUUACAUUUAAAUCAAUCAUUGUAAUAACUAAUACUAUUUCAUUUCAAUGUCAUGUUAUUUAAAAAAGAUGUUUAUAAUUAAAACAGAUCAAGUGUGCAGAAUUUUAGAGGAUUGAAUUCGAACGGUGACUGUUACAGAUCAAAGAGACCUCGUAUAGACGAUCACGAUGAACUACUAAAAAUCCGGCGACAGGUAAUAUAAAUAUUAUGAGCGUAGAGCUGUUGAUCCUUUAGAGAAAACUUGUAUACAGUGAAUACUUGAAUAUAGUUUUAUAAAAUACAUAAUAAUAUUAAAUUGCAAAUGCAAAAAUAAUAUCAUGGAUAAACAUUAAAUAGUAAACGGGACAUGUUUCGAAGUCUCGAUGAUAUAUUUUUUUUUCUUACGAUUUAUGAAGAACUCAAUCUAUUAUAUAUAUAUAUUAUUAUUAUUAUUAUUAGGAACGUUUAGAGCAGAUUACGGACGAAUUGAAAGCGGUCAAUGAUCGAAGAGAGGAACUGGACCAAAGUUCAAAAGAUGAUCCAUCGGUCCAACUUCAAUUGGAUUCGUUGAAAAAUCGCCAGGCACAAUUAUUAGUAGAACAGAACGAUCUACAACAAAACAAGUAAAUAUCAUACCUAUACCUUAUCUAAUUCGCGUCAAAAGAUACCGAUACAGAAAAUAUUAACAUUUAAUCUACAAAAUACACUAUUAUAAUAUAGGUCGUUGCGAAGGGACAGGAGUGAUAGAACUUCGUCAGUCGGUUUCGACACGGACGACACAGAUUCUCAAAUGUCGUAUAGCAAUACCAGUUCCCCUUUGCAGGUAAAACAUGUUAAUAUUAAUGUAAUUUUUCAAAUCGGCCCUAAAAAUGUAAUAUGUCUUCUCCUUGAGUAUUGUAUAAAUAUAAUAUACUUAUACAUACAAUAUUCAUAUAUACAGUAGAAACUGUGUAUAAUGAUGUUCAAGGUACUAGUUGAAAUUAGUCAUAAUAACCGACUGUCAUUAUAACCAAAAUGAUAAAAUAAAAUUUAAAAACUUGAUUAUGUUUAUGUAUAUGUAUUUAUAUGAGCAUACUAUUGUAUUACAAUCAAUGUGUCAUAUUUUUAUCACAAUAUCAAUGACUUCAAUUCAUACUGAAAAAAAUAAAGUUUAAUACGGUCAUUAUAGAAAACCGAUUUUUCUAAAAAUAACCGUCAUAACAUAAUGAUACAAUAUGUCAUUUUUGUUACACUCGAAACAACCACGGUGUCAUUAUAAACAGUAUCUACUAUAUAUAUUAUAUUAUAUAUAAUAUAUUUAAUAAUAAUAUUAUAUUAAUAUUUAUUAUUUAACGUCAAGCAAUGAUUGUCAAUCGCAUAGACGCUAAUAGGAGAUCGGGCUAAGAGGAAUUAGCCCCUCUCUUAAAACUCCUCUAAGCCCCCCCAUGAUGAUUGAAUAGGCUGUCGCUGAAUAUAAUAUCUACCAGUACUUGUAUUAAUUUAUCUGCUUAUGAAUCGGUACCUACGUUGAGGUAUGAUAUUUUUUAGUUUUAUCAUUGAUUAUAGAAUAAUCUAUAUAUGUAAUCUAUAAUCUAUAAUCAAUGGUUUUACUCAAUCUAAAAAUAUGUAUACAUCUGCAUGUGAAAUAUCCGUGAAUUUUGGACAUUGAUAAAUUAUUUAGACCGGUUUUAAAAUCAAUUAACAGUUUACAUUUCGUGGAUAAUUAGAUCCUUAAUCAUCGACACCUCCCACCACCUCAAAAAAAAAUGUUUGCACCUAUUUUAAUAUGGUCAAUCGACAAUCUUUUGAAAUCUCACACGCACUGCAAUAUCCUUCAGCUCAUCUCUGAACGUAAACUUAGUAUUUACCUGUAUACUUUGUAUUUUAGGACGUUAGUGACUCGAGGGAUUCGAUGACUCGUAGCGUCGACUAUCAUCAUCACGAUGGAAAACCACCGUCGCAGAAUACCGGUAAUCAGGUAAAGCGUGACCUCAGCGGUAAUGGCGAGUGUGGUAACGCUUGCGGCAUUGAUCCGCUUUGAAAAUAUAUUAUACUAUGUAAUUAAAUAACGUUCCUCAUCCUAGAACUAAUACAAUUUUAUAUCCGGGGAAAUCGUGAGGUUCAUUAACCUAUGUAUAAUAUAUUAUAUAAUAACAAUAAACUACCUCCGAUCCAGUAGGGUUAACGUAGGUUUGGCUUAUCCACAGGGAUGGGCACGAUAUAUAUUAAUAUGAUUAUCUAUAGAUACAUUGAUUUGAUUAUCACAGUAUAAGAUACUUGAUACUUUCCAGAAUUUUAUCGCGAUACAAAAUACAAUAUUGUAUUUAAUAAAUACGUGUUUAUUAUUUAAGAUACAUUCCAACCCUUCAAGUUAUACGUGGGUCCAUUAUAAUAUUAAUUACAAUAAUAUCUCAGAAAUAAUAAUAUUUUUAAAACUUCGUUAAUUCGCCUGUAGCAAAGUUAAAAAAAAAAAAAAUUGGUAUACGUACAAAUUAAAAAAUUAAUAUUUUUUUUUUUUACUUUCGUAGAUAUAUUUGGGGAAAUUCCGAGCAAUUAUUUUUUUAGUAUUUAGUAUCGUUAUAAAAUUAAUACAAAACAAAUAGAUUUGUUUGAUAUAUUUUUAAUCAAUGACUCUUAUGAAAUCAUGAAUCAUUUCGUUUUAAAACGUUAGACAAAAAAAUGAAAAAUUAUACCUACCCAGUAUCCAACUAACUCAAAUUAUGUAAAUAAUAUUUUGAUUUUCUACACGUACCUACUUAUAUAUAUAGUUUUGGGUCGUUUUUAUAACCAUAAUUUUAUUUAAUGUAUAAUUUUGUUCAUUAGGUUUGCAGUUUUUAUUUAACAGGCAUGUAUUAUUUUGUGUAGACACUAAUAUUACUAAUAUUACUAUUUAUUUAUGAUUUUAAUUUUUAAACCUAUAUAGGUACUUGUGCAUCGUUAUUAACCAAAACUUUUUCAGUUUAUGUUUGUUUUAGCUUGUUUUGCUUUUGUUUUGUUUUUGUUUUUCCAAAACCCAGGUAUGUAAAUACAUAUAUCUAUAUACACAUUAUGAUGAAAUUAAGUAUACCUAAUAUAUGAAUAACAUACUCAUCGGACAAGAUAAUAACCCACUACGUUAUUAUUGCUUAGAUUUUGGCUUACAUAUAAUAUUGCUGCUAUAACUAUACUUAUUAGUACUUACAUAAUAAUACAUCAAUAUAAAAUAAAAUUGUACCGUUAUAUUUUUCGUAUUUUCAACACAUUUUUUCAUUUUUAGAACACCACGUCUCGUGGUGAUACCGACGACACGGACGAAGCAGAUUACGAAGAAUCACAGCAUCGUCCCAGUCCGUCCGCCUCCUGCGCAGCCAUUAAUAACGAUAACAGAAAUCUAGCGGAUCGUUAUUUUAACGAUAAAAUUCAGGUACGAGUACAAGAACAUGAAAUAUCUAAAAUAAGUCUAGGUAGGUAUUUUAGCUCUGAAUGUAUCAUGCUCAUAUGUAUCUGAAGACCAUUAUGGUAUAAUAAUGUAUCAAUGAACCGGAUCGGGCCGGAUGGGCUUCAUUUUAUAGCUUUAAAAUUAAAAGGACUUGGGUCUUUAAAAUAAAAACAAUACAUGGCUUCAAUAGUCCGGGCUUUACGUAAUUUUAAUGAAUUUUUACAAAUUUUAUACUACCGAAUGCCGAUAAUAAGUGAAAUAAAUUCAAAAUAUUAUUUCGUUUUUAUAUCAAUAUUAAUAUCAACAACAUCGAUUUUUGUACAUCGACGAUGCUACAAUGGGUUACUUUUGACAGAGGGGACAAGAGGGGAACAAGGCUUCCCUCUGGAAAAUAAUAAAAAAUUACAAAAUUAUUUUAUUGACCCAUGACGUCUUAAGUGUAUUAGUCUUUAAAUGCGUGUUUAGAAAAAACCCGAUUCCAGUUGGUCUCUCCCCUGAAAAUUACGUUAUGGGUAUGCCCAUACUAUGAUAGGUAGGUGCACAUGUUGAGAUAUAAACACUGGGUUUUGUUUUUGAAAAUUAUUUCUACAAAAAAAUAAUAGGGGUGCCUAAUUAGUUUGUUAUAGAUGAUAAAUAAUUUUAAUUUAAAUUAAUAUAAUAGGUACUUUAUUAAUUAACAAUACAUUUGAUUUAUACUUUUUUUCUCGUUUAAUUGCUCAUCAAUAUUUUUUUUAAAUACCUAUUACUACUUACCUAAAAAAAGCUCGAAAAGCCUUAAUUAUAUAAUUAUAAAUUUGGAAAGAUUUAGGUUUCAUAAUUGAAAACAGUGUAAGUAAACCAUGUAAAGCUCCAAAAGGCCGUAAUGCACUUAAAAAUAAAAUCUUUGUAGAAUUCUAGUGUAAGUUUAAACAAUUGCGUACACAAGUUUUUUCAAUGGGGGGAAGUGUUGAAAAUUGAUAAUUAAUCAGUUAUUUUUUCACAAGUUUUAAAAUUAAAGUAGGUCAGUAGGUUCAUUUAUUGUUCUGACAAAGCCCAAAUUAAGACAUAUAGAGGCCCCGGAGCUUUCGUUAAAAGACUAAUAAUUAUACGUUUUUUUUUAAACAUUUUUACUAAUCAAUAUGUUAUAACAAAAGAAAAAUAAUAAACAGUAUAGAUGCCAUAAAGAUCUCAAUUCAAAAGUCACAAAUAGUAUUCAAAUAAAUAAAUACAUUAUUUUUAACAGUUACCAGGUAUAGUAGUUUAUACUGUAUAAUACAAUAAGUCAUAAUCAGGCAACGAAAAAAUAUUAAAACAUCAAAGUACAAAUAGUUAAUGGUUAAAUGCAUACAUAAAGAACAUAUUAUGGCAAACCUAAGGACCUGGGAGUCUGGUGACCCGGAGGCCAUGGCCCUUUUUGGACCCCCCCUUAAUCCGGUCUUGGUUAUGACUGAUAAUAAACAUAAAAUAUAGAAUAGUAAAAUAAUAAAAUAAUAAAGUAAAAACAAAAUUAUUAAAAUGGUUUAUAUUCGUAAAUAAAUAAAUAAAAUAAAUAUAGGUACCUACACAAAAAAAUGAAUAAAAAAACUUUAAUAUUUGGGUAGGAAACUAUUAACUAAAUGUUGGGCAGUUAAAUACAAUUUUUAAGCUAAUAGAAUACCUAUAAAAAAAUGCGGAGAUCUCUCAAAAUUACUUACCGUUUUUUUUCCUUCAAACUUUUUCGAAAAAAAUUCGAUCUUUUUCCUGUCAUAAUGAACAAUUACAAAAAAAAAGAGCUGAUAUUGGAGAUAGCCGCUCUGACCACUGUUAUAGUUGAGAAGUUGGGAAGGUAGGAUACAUAAGGUUAUUUCAUUUAUAUUUGUAAACAAUGAUAAACCAUAACUGACGAAAGACGAUUCCGAGCGCAGUUCGGCAAUAUAUAAUUUAAACUGCCAUAAUUUUUUUUAAUCUAACCUUUCUACGUUUUUUCCGAUUAUUAUUAAAACUAAUAAAAAAAAUUAAAAAAACGAACUGCAUCAUUAAAAACAAGAUUAAUAAUUCAACAAAAUAGGUCUCGUUUUGUUUUUUAAUUGGAGCCAUAUUUAUGCUAGAAAACGUGGUAGGUACUUAUUUAAAAUAAUGAAAUCAUGAAAAAAUCGUGUUAUUUUAUUUAUAUUUUCCUCGGAUAAUCGUUUUUAUUUAGAAUACCGUUUCGAAAAUCAAAAAAUGACCUUUGAAUUACCAAGUAGAUAAAAUUUACUUUUAGAAAAGGGUCUACACUUACACAUCGGAGAAAGUUUUCUAAGAUAAAAGUGGUCUACAGUAUAAAGAAAAUAAAAAAUAAAGUAUUAUUAUAAAAAAAUUAAAAAAGGAAAGAAAGUCGUCAGAUGAUUUUGGAAAUUUUACCAGGUCUAGGUAAGUCCAAUAUAAGUAUUAUUACUAAGUUUCAACUCUACGUGUAUUUAUAACCCAAUUACAGCAAAAAUACUCCCAAAAAUAAAAUUCCUUAAAAGCUCAAGAGUGGCUCAAAAAUUUUGGUGAUGUACCUUAAGAACAUAAGAAAGUUAAUAAAAAGCCAACAAAAAAGGUAACUUAUGAUUUUUCGAUUAAAUCAUUUUUUCAAAGUUAUUUUAGUGUGCAAAAUUAUGAGAUGUAUUUUAUACAAAACACCGGCGAAAAAUCUAAGUAGGUAUACAAAAUAUUGUUUAGGUAUUUUUGACACUCAUGAAUCAUUAUUAUUUUCAAGAGAAAUAAGUGAAAACAAAAUUAUAUAUAUAAUUGUUUUUCACUAAUUACAGAUUGUAUUAUUAUUAUUUACCGUGAACUAACGAUGCAUUAAUUGAUGGUAACAUCAGUUCAUUAAAUUCAAUACCUAUGUGUUGUCUGGCAGCCUACAUAUACACGAUAACAACAGCCGUCAAAGUUGUAAAACCAUUGUACAUUGUUUAUAACGAGUGUCAUCAUAAUUAAGCUACUUAGACAAGAAUAAUCUAAUAAGCCAAAUAAUAUCUUAUAUUAUGAUAAUAUAGUAAAGUUAUUAAUAGACAGUGGUGGUAAAUUAAAUUGUAUACUUACGAAAAUAAUGUAUUUUAUGAAAAAAAGUCAUUACUUACUAAUUAUUCUUACAUUUGAAACUUGAAAAAUAUAAAAAAAUAUGUGUAAAUAAUAUAUAUAUAAAUACUAUCAGAGAGGGAGCUUUAGCCACUUAUCUAAACUACCCCCUGCGUACGCCACUGAGUAUAAGUAUCUAUGAUAUACUAUAAUAACUCAAUACAUAUACCUAUUCAUCAAAUUAAUAGUCACCUCGGUUUUAAUGAGAAUAUAUUUUAUACAAAGCGGCCUAUUAACAUCAGUGUCUACCUACCUAUCUAUUAAUGUUUUAAAAUUGUCUGUGUUUGGUAUUUACCAACCUUUCUAAAAGAAAUAAUUUACGAUAAUUAUUGUAAGGCAUGGUCGAUAAAAUGAAGUUAAUUUUUACUCGGUUACAGACGAAUAUUACAGGGGUAAUUUGACGACUGAUGAGUAUUCAGCCUGUUGUAGAAAAUAAUCGGGCUAAAAAGGCCGAAUGCAUUUUUUUUAUGCAAUCAAUAGGUGCCUACUUGAUUUUUUUUAAAUCAUCAGUCGAAAAACUAAUAAUAGGUACUUAAAAUUGACCUUUAUCUGUCUAAAUAGAUAUAAGUUCUGUCCAUUUACUCUAUUUUCGUAUCAACCAAGAUUGAUAGUUAUAAUACAGUUACCGUUUAUAAGCAGGUUAUAUCGUCAAGCGGAGGUAACAUAAUAGCCGUCACCAACCCAGCACUAUUGAUGUCCACGACGCCGUUGAAGAUCGAACCACUUUCUCCUGCAAAAGUCGAACCCCUUUCGCCGGCUCCAGACGAUUAGUAGUCGUGUUUAGCACUAACCUAUUAUUGUCUUGGGGACCAUGGCAAUUAUCGUUGUUUUCUGUUGUAGUUGUGAUUUUUAUUUAUUUAAAAUUUGUUUAGUUAAAUAUAUUUAAUUAUUAAUAUUAUAUUUUAAAGUAGUAAAAACAAAAUUAUGUUCCUAAUAAUGUUAAAAAAUAUACCGUUCAUUGAUUACAAUAUUUAAAUUAAUGUUUUCUUUUUUGAGAAUAAUAUAAUCAUGUACAUUUUAUUUAUUAUUUAUUUUCAGUUAAUUUGUAUUAUUAUUUAUUUUCUUUUUAUGAUAGUAUAAUAAAUGUUUUCUUUUAUCUAUAAUUAAACGAACUGAAUACAGCUUGUCAUUAUAAGCCGAAAUAAUAUUAAUAUUAUAUUUAUCAUACAAGUGAUAUAUUCGUUCUAGUUGCAAUUAUUUUUCUCAUCGGUGCUAUUAUCAUGAAUAUUAUAGUAUUCUCUUUUUCUCAUACAUGUUCAGUGAUUGUACCUAUAUAAUGUAUAUUAAAAUCAUAAGUAUGUAAAUUUCUUUAAUAGUCACAAUAUCUCACAAGUUUUAAAAAUAUAAUAAUAAAUUUAUACACCUAUCAUUCGAAAAUGCUUAAAGUAAUUUUAAUAAUUUUACCAUUAUCUGUACAAAUAUUCAAACACAAUAUUGUAAACGAAACAAAUUGGUAUAUUAAGUAACAAAAAAUUAUUGUUAUAUUUUAUUAUAAUAAUAAACGUAUUGAUCAAUUAUUGUAAUUUUUUUUUUAACUUUUUAACUACACACAACAAAUUAAUGAAAUGAACAUUAUUAAAUAUGAAAAAUGUAUGUACUCCUAACCAUUAAACUAAGACAAAAAAAUGUUGGUAUAUUCUUUUGUUUAUAAUUCACAUGAAUAAAUAUUUGAUACAGCAGCAUAAACUGUUUCAAAUUACUGUAAUAUAAUACAAUUUCCAUGAAAAAUUAUAAAAGUUUUUAUUAAAAAGGAACAAAACUAAUAGUAUAUAAGUAUAAAAAAAAUAGUAACUAUUACUUCAUUAUCCUAAUAAAAAUAUUCAUUGACAAAUAGUAAUUGGCGAUAAUACCAAAAACUGUAUUCUGUAAAUAUUUUUGUAGUCAUUCUCAUUACAGAUUUAAUUUGGAUAUUUGUGUUACGACUCCAAGUAAAUGUGAGUAAUCAUCAGCUUUAUCAUUCUUUCUCAAUAAUUCUCCAUAGAUUGUUUUCAAUUGGCUUGUUUUGUUGGCCAACCU